AUGAAUUUCAACCGCAAUGCACGAUUACCUCCCGAAGUCAAUCGAGUACUGUUCGUAAAGAACUUGCCUUUCAAGAUUACCACAGAAGAAAUGUACGAAGUAUUUGGAAAAUACGGUGCUAUUCGUCAGAUUCGAGUUGGCAAUGCUCCCGAUACCCGAGGUUCAGCAUUUGUAGUGUAUGAAGAUAUCUUUGACGCAAAGAGCGCGUGCGAGCAUUUGCAAGGUUACAAUAUUCUGGGUCGAUACUUGAUCGUACUUUAUUAUCAACAGAACAAGAUUACAAAGAAGAUGAAUCUGCAAAAGAAAGAAGAAGAACUGAAGGAGCUGAAAUCGCGUUAUGGUGUGAGCGAUGAAUAG